GCGGUAAUGCGCACCUUCAUUUUUGCCAAUAAACAUUUGAAAAAGAAGAAGAAGAAGCGAAGUUGAUGCUAAUUUUGUGGCUCGUAAACACAGAAGUGACCCUGUUUGAAGAAACAUGUCGGCUGAUACAAAGAUCGCAGAGCUGCUCACUGAGCUCCAUCAGCUCAUCAAACAGACACAGGAGGAGAGGUCACGCAGCGAACACAACCUGCUCAACAUCCAGAAAACACACGAGAGGAUGCAGACAGAGAACAAGACGUCUCCAUAUUACCGCACCAAACUGAGGGGCCUGUACACCACAGCUAAAGCAGACGCAGAGGCCGAAUGCAGCAUCCUGCGUCAUGCUCUGGAUAAAAUAGCAGAAAUCAAGUCUCUGCUGGAGGAGAGGAGGAUCGCUGCUAAGAUGGCGGGAGUUUACAGCGACAGCGACCCUCCCAGGAAGACGAUGAGACGCGGCGUCCUGAUGACGCUGCUGCAGCAGUCGGCCAUGACGCUCCCGCUUUGGAUCGGCAAACCUGGAGAGAGCCCUCCUCCUCUGUGUGGAGCAAUCUCGGCCAGCAGCGACUACGUGGCCAAGCAGGGCGACAAGGUGGCGGCGAGGGUGAAGGCCGUUGACGGAGACGAGCAGUGGAUCCUGGCCGAGGUGGUCAGCUACAACCACUCCACCAACAAAUAUGAAGUAGACGACAUCGAUGAAGAAGGCAAGGAGAGACACACUCUGAGCCGGCGGAGAAUAAUCCCUCUGCCUCAGUGGAAAGCCAACCCAGAGACGGACCCUGAGGCCCUGUUCAGUAAGGACCAGCUGGUUCUGGCCCUCUACCCACAGACCACCUGCUUCUACCGGGCCCUGAUCCACACACCACCACACAGGCCUCAGGACGAUUACUCGGUGCUGUUUGAGGACACAUCGUACGCUGACGGCUACUCUCCUCCACUCAACGUGGCCCAGCGGUACGUGGUGGCCUGCAAGGAGAACAAGAAGAAGUGAGGAACGGCUGGAGACCGACUGAAGCCUUCAUCUGCUGGAUCAACCCAUUUCUCUCUGCUCUGGUUGUUUCUGUGAGCAUGUUGAUUGAUAAACUGAGUCCACUGGUCUAAGAAUGUUCUGGUCAAACCUGAAACAUUUUCAUGGAGGAUCGCCUGCUGGUCACAGGAGGAACUGCAGGAAUGAGAUCUUCAUUGACGGCCCAAACUGUUUUAUUUCCAGGUAGAUUGUUGUUUUGUGGCAUAAAGUUUCCUGAUGAAACUG